AUGAGCACCAACUCGGACUACGAGCUGCUGACUGAGCAUCUUGGGUUUCCCCCGGUCACUCUGCUCGACGACAUUAUCAACACAGUAAACGUACUCUCAGAUCGUGCUCUGGUGUCCAUUGAAGAUCUACUUCUGGGAUUGCCGGCAGCCAACAUUGGGUUUCGCGCUGGGGACACAGGCACGGCCGAGGACGCGGCGCGCCAUGAGAUCGAGAAUGGCACACAUCAGCUCGAAACCCUGCUGACGGCGUCGAUUGAUCGCAACUUUGACAAACUGGAGCUGUACGCGAUGCAGAACAUCCUCACGGUGCAGCCGCGCGAUCUGCGCCCCUUUGUCCGGCUGGCACACUACCAGGGUCUUGACUUUGCGGACGACAGCCGCGCUGCGGAUGUGGAGGGCACCAACGCGCUGCGGAGACGAUACCAGGCCAGCCAGAAAGUGAAUCUUGCCCUUCAGAAACAGAGAGCGAGGAACGGAGCGCUGCUGCGGGCACUGCGGCAGGCCGUCGGGGCCGCGGCGGACGAUAGGAUCAAGGUGGAACCCAAAGAGGGCGAGGAGGAGGAGGACAGCGAGAACAGUACAUUUGGCUUCCUCAAUGAGAGAACAGGAUUGGCGAGCAUUGGAUCCGACACACCGAUCACAACAACGGCACAGUUCACCCUAUCGCAACUUAAUGCGUUGCGUGGGCUUUCGACUUCGUUACGAGAACUGAUCCCCAAUCUCGCGGCGCUGGGCGAUGAGCAGCAGGGCGCGGCAAAGUCGUGGAGACGAGAGAGGAGCGAAUACGUCGAGCAGUCAUCGAGAAAGUACCUCGAAAAGACCAGCGGACUGGAACUGGGGGCGCAGGGCGAGGUGCGCGACGGAGAGUAUCAGGGCGCAGGACGGGGGAUCAGCAAGGAUGAGGUCGAGGGACUCGAAGCCGUCGUGGCCAUGUUGGGGGACAUGUCGGCACCAGCUGGUGAUGAACGAAUGCAUGAGUCGUAA